GUGUCUGCCUACUUUUUCUUAAUUUUGAAAAAAAAAAAAAAAAAAAAAAAAACAAUUGCAGAGACGGGAGUGAGCAACCAAGACGUCCGUGCAUGAAUCAAACCUGAGUGUGUUAGUUGACAGAUUCCUCGGUCGUAGGCCUGUUGAUUAGCUGUCAGUAUGGCGGUAGUCAUCAGACUGCAAGGUCUGCCCAUAGUGGCCGGCACCAUGGACAUCAGGCACUUCUUCUCUGGCCUCACCAUCCCCGAUGGGGGCGUGCACAUCGUGGGUGGCGAGCAUGGCGAAGCCUUCAUUGUCUUUGCCACCGACGAGGACGCUCGGCUGGGGAUGAUGCGCACAGGUGGGUCCAUUAAGGGCUCCAAAGUCUCGUUGCUGCUCAGCAGUAAGACGGAAAUGCAGAACAUGAUCGAGCUGAGCCGGCGAAGAUUCGAGGGCGGCGCAGGCGGGGUCGAGACGGCCGCGUCCACGGUGCCCAGUCGCCAGGCCGUGGUGGCGGCUGUACCCGCGAUACAGUCAGCCGCGGCGGGGAGAAGCAUUAGCCUCGGGAACCCUGGUUUCAGCAAUCCUCCCGCGACGGUGACUGCGAGUUCUUCUCAGGAGACUCAGAUUCACAAGGUCGUAGCCAGCUUGCCGAGCAUGGUGCCCAGCUUUCCCCACGGCUACAGCGCCGCCCCCACCAUCACCACGGCUCUGGCGUCACUCAAUGCCGGCCCCCCGCUCAUUGCUCCUUUGCCCACCAUGCCAUCCAUACCGUCCAUGCCCACGAUACCCACGGUCCCGCCACCCGUGUCGUCGUUACCCCCCGUCCCGACCGUCACCCAGCUUUCCCACGGACCUCCUAUACCGGUACCGCCGAUGUCCCACCUGUCUCACAUGUCUUCGCUGCCACCUUUUAACCCCAGCAUGCCCCCGCCAGGAGGACUCGCCGCAGGGCUCCCCAUCGGCACCCCUAACCCAAUGCUGUUCAACCCCCUUGCCCCUCUUGCGUCGCUGGGCCUCCAGGCUCACAUGAAGGCUGCUGCCGCCGCCACGGCCACAGCGGUCGGUCCGUCCAAUCCGGAUGAGUUGUACAUCCUCAUGCAGAAUCUCCCGUUCACCUGUUCUGAACUGGAGAUCAGGGAGUUCUUUCGGGGUCUGGGGAUUGACGCCGUUAACUUGUUUAGAGACGGGCAAGGUCGACCAAACGGUCGAGCCAUGGUCAAAUUCUUCUUGCCCCAGGAUUGCUUCGAAGCUUUGAAGCGGGGCGGCGGCAUGCUGGGUCAAAGGUUUAUUGAGAUCAGCCCGGGGUCUGAAAGGCAAUGGGCGAGCCUCAAUCACAGCACAAUGGGCCUGGCUUCCCAAAAUAGCGCCAAACCAAACAGUCUUUUACAAGACCAGCACCAACGUCGCAACCAGGCCGCCGACGUCGGCCGGGAUCAGCGAGCGAGGUCCAGAUCUCCGCAUCGUCAAGAGUUGUGCGUCUACCUGAAAGGCCUCCCGUACGAGGCCGACAAGAAACAGAUCAAGGAGUUCUUUAAGAACCUGUCCGUGGUGGAUGAGACCAUGUACAUCGCCUACGGCCCCAACGGACGAGCCACGGGAGAAGGCUUUCUGGAGUUUAAAACGGAACAGGAUUACAAGACCGCGUUGGGUGCGCACAUGCAAUACAUGGGCUCUCGUUUCAUCCAAGUACACCCCAUCAGCUACAAAGGAAUGGUGGAGAAGAUCGACAGCAUUCGUAAGCGUGAAGCGGCCCAGAACGAUGGCAAGAACCAGGAUGGCCUCAAAACACCGAGAAACUGCGCGCAUAUCACCAACAUCCCUUACAACAUCUCCAGGAAGGACGUCCGGGCCUUCCUGGAGGGUAUCGGACUUUACGAAGACACGCUUAAGGUUCUGACAGAUAGCCACGGAAACGGUUUAGGGCAGGCUGUCUUACAACUUCAGACUGAAGAAGAUGCCCGUAAAGCGGAAAGACUUCACCGUCAAAAGCUCAACGGCCGCGAUGCGUUUGUUCACCUUGUGACUUUUGAUCAGAUGAAGGAAAUUGAGAGAAACCCCCCUCCCCAAAACAAGCGAGGCCAACGAAAUCAACACCAGAGCCUGCAGAACCAGAGCCAAAACCAGCACAAGCAGCCUCAAGCGGUUCAGCAGCCCCAGCAGCCCCAGAUCAAUCCUUUCGCGGGGAUUGGUGGGGAGGAGUUUAACUUUCUAAGGAGCACAAUGGGAAACCUCAACACUUCCCCGUUUGUCACUCCCUUCUCCGCUCCCGGAAACGGCGUAACGGGCCCGCCUCCGAUCCCCCCGUUGGCCGUAGGACUCAGCGAAGUCAAUCUGGCCGUCGCGCCGCCGCUAAUCACCGGACUUCCUGGAGCUCCGCUUCUGGAGCCGCCGGGCUUUCGACCGGGUGCGGCCGGCGGGUCCGCGUUCGGUCAAGACGGUCUGAGAGGCUUGGUGCCAUUCGACAACAGCAACAGAAAGCCGAGCGGAGGUUCGCAGAACAGAGGCGGCGCCGGGCCUAACAACGUAAACAACAACGGGCAAGGGCGUCAAGCCGGCGCGCCACCCGGUGGACCUCCGUCUUUCAACCAAGGCACCGAGGGUCUUUUGUCCCCGCCGGGGGGAAACAACAACACUAACAGUCAGCGCUCUUCCACUGCCCCCACCGGUGCCCCGACGAUAGUCAAGCUACAGAACAUGCCGUUCACUGUCACCGCCGACGAGAUCAUGGACUUCUUCUACGGUUACGAGGUGGUUCCGGGAUCCAUCUGCUUGCAGUUCAACGACAAAGGCCUGCCCAACGGCGAGGCCAUGGUGGCCUUUCAGAACCCGCAAGAAGCUGCCGCCGCCGUCUCGGACCUCAAUGACCGACCCAUCGGUGCACGGAAAGUCAAAAUUUGUCUCGGUUAAGGAAGUCAAGACUAAAAAAUGUACCCCUUUUGAGCUGAGCUGGUGCUGGUCGGGUUUUCUAGCUUUUCUAGCUUCUUUUGCUCUGACUAACCAAAAGUGCUGAUGUUGUUGAGGCAAUACCGAAACCCUAACCCUAACCGAAGAUUGACGAGACAACCAAGAGGCUAAAAUAUAAUUAGCCGUAAAGAACCGGUACCAGUUAUCGCCGCUAACACCAAACCAGUUCGCACCAUCUCAGUGCGAAAGGGGUCUAAAUGUGAAUAUAUGCCGUCUCUGCCCCCUACACAAUUUUUUGGAACGCGCCACACCCAGAACACUUUAAGGCUCAAUGGGUAAGCCCAUUUUCGCUGACUCGAUGAUCGUGACGGUCUUGAAUUUCCACUGAAAAUUGCUUAAUCAUGUCGCGUUGCUACGGUAACACUCAUAUUGCUGCCUCCAUGUGUGUCAUGUGUCCUCGCUGAGGUCGCUUCCCAAGUGCGGUUGCUAUGCUAAUGUCGCUACAUGCUUUGUUGCAAUGCUCCUAUCUCCAUGUUGUUGUGGUAAGACGCGUUACCGUGUGUUAUCUUGCGAUGAACGUUUUGCUGUUGUGAUUUGAACCUGAGCUGGCGGUGAACGGUCAUGUUUACGUGCCAUUGACGGCGAUAGACGAUUGAAUGAUCUAGCGACGUCGAUGGCAGCCAAUGAAUUAAGGUAGGAAAUUUCGAAACCAUCCCAAAUGGUAAACUUUCUUCCGGAAUGAUAUGAACUAAUAAGCAAUUGUGUAUCGUAUUCAAAAAUUAAUAGAAAUACAGUAGUGUUAUGAGUUACGAGUUCUAGAUAGGCUUUUUUUAAUUUCUAUUAUUUGCUUUGACUUGUGAGUAAAAAUUGGUAAUAUGAGCGCUCACUGUACAAGCAAUAUUCAUAACGAAUUUUUGAUAGCGUUUAUCUUCGAAUAUCUAUGAACUGUAUAUCCAUGUAGAAUAGAAUAGAAUAUCCGUAUUAUGGAAUUUCCAGCAAAAUAUCCUUAAAAUAGAAACAAAAAAUGGCCCCCAAAUUUAAAAUGUUUAUAUAGUACAAGUAUCAAAAAAGUGCUACUUUUUCCUCAUUAGAGGCAUGUUUUUGCGAGGCAGCUUGAUUAGAUUAGUUGUAUUAAUUUGAGACAUGAUUGUUUUGACUUAGUAGCAUGGUCACUGAAUAAAUUAAACUCCUAUCUCAAGACACUGCUGUUGGUUUUGCCUUGAAGAGACAAAAAAAACAUGACGCAGCAGAUGCUAACAGUCCAGCAAUGUGGCUAUUGAUGAGCUGGGGCUGCUUUGUCACUUCAGGACCUGGACUAAUUAAUUCUGUUUGCAAUAUGCAAACCCCCCCAAAAAAAUCAACUGCUUGUAACUCAAUCUGAAUUGGUCAGGAUUAAUCUUUUUUUUUUUUAAUUGAAAAAAAAAGGAAUAACGUUGAAGUUCCUUGAAUUCCAGUGGAAAGUUUGCAUUUUCUUUUGCAAAUUCUUUGCAUUUUCAACCUGGCUUCCACAUGUUUUUUUGGUGUCCGGACAUGUUGAUCAACAUACCAAGGCUUAUUUGUUUCUUGUCAUUCACGUGUGUUUGGUCGCCAAAUUCUUUUGUGUUAUGUUAUGUUACAGUGUUCGGAUAUACAAAACGUAUAAUGAGGACUCGUACAAAGUAGGCAUACAGACCGCUGUGUUUUUAGUUUGGUAGCUUUUUUUUUUCUUCUUGCUGUACGUAUUUCGAUUUUUGGGAUGUUCUCACGUAUCUGUAUGAUGUCAUUUGUGUUUUUUUGGAUAAUAAAAAGGAUGUACAGGAAGCUGUCCUUGCCCGCUGGCCUGCUGCUCUCGUCUCCUUCUCACUGUCUUUCAAUGAUUGAAUGACUUUUGCUGGUGUCUUGAUGCAAUGUUUCAAACUGUUAAAGAUGAAUUUGAAUUGCUUGUUGACGCUUAAAGGAGUCGUAGGGCUGCACUGAAACUACCAAAAUCUUUAAAAAUAAAUAAAAUAAAUAAAUUGACAGUUAAAAAUGUACAGGUAGUCCCUGGGUUACGAACGAGUUCCAUUCCUACGCUGGCCACGUAACCCGAGUUUCCGCAUAAGUCGGAAGUAAACCAUUUGAGUACCCCUAAAUGUUGAAAUAACUAUUCAAAAGUCCAAAAGUGUUGUAUU